AAUCAGCGGCGGCGUUGUCUUGGCGGCUCCACGUCGGCACCAGCUGCGGGGCAAGAUGGAGGCGCUGAUUUUGGAACCCUCCCUGUAUACUGUCAAAGCCAUCCUGAUUCUGGACAAUGAUGGAGAUCGACUUUUUGCCAAGUACUAUGACGACACCUACCCCAGUGUCAAGGAGCAAAAGGCCUUUGAGAAGAACAUUUUCAACAAGACCCAUCGGACUGACAGUGAGAUCGCCCUCCUGGAAGGCCUGACGGUGGUAUACAAAAGCAGUAUCGAUCUCUAUUUCUAUGUGAUCGGCAGCUCCUAUGAAAACGAGCUGAUGCUCAUGGCUGUUCUGAACUGCCUCUUCGACUCAUUGAGCCAGAUGCUGAGGAAAAACGUAGAAAAGCGAGCUCUGCUGGAGAACAUGGAGGGGCUCUUCUUGGCUGUGGAUGAAAUCGUAGAUGGAGGGGUGAUCCUGGAGAGCGAUCCCCAGCAAGUGGUACACCGGGUAGCGUUAAGGGGAGAAGACGUUCCCCUGACGGAGCAGACCGUGUCUCAGGUGCUGCAGUCAGCCAAGGAACAGAUCAAGUGGUCACUCCUCCGGUGAAGACCCCACUAUGCCUGGCUCCUCACUCCCUCAAAAAAUCCACAUGUCUGCUGUGACUUCUCAUCCAGUCCCCCAACUGACACUCUCAGGGUCAUCUCGGGGAUCACAGGGAUCCUUAACUCUCCAUCCUGUCUGUGGUUGCCCCCCAAACCCGUAUACGCUUCUUGUUCCUUCUCGGUCUUUUCUGCGGUUCUGGGAGUAAAGCUCUCAGCAGGUUUGGACACAGGGCUGGGAAGGCACCCUCUUCCUUUCUCCGCUGGAUUAUGCUCCCAUGCUCUCCUAUCCCCCAUAUUUUCUCCUCAAUUUCUGUACCCUUCAGAUCAAAGCAGGAGAAAGAAUGUGCUGAGCGUUUUCCUCCCUUUUCCUUUACGCGGCCUUCGUCUCAGCAGCCCAUAUGUCCAACGAGGGGAGGGAGAGAGAAUUCUUUUCCAUAGAAUGAGUGGGGGUGGGGAGAGGCACAUCGGGUCCCUCUUACUGCCCAGUCCUCCAGCCUUGGAAGAAAGAUUGGGAACAGCUCACAGGCAAAAGACAGAGGGGAAGAAGCGGUGAUUUAAGUUUUAUUGGAGAGGGCUUAUAAAAUUGUUUUUCAGACACAGCUGCAUUUUUUUACCCUGAUCCUGGCUUAUAGCUUCAAACUGCUGUGGUUUGUGAGUGCUCCUUGUGGGAGUGUCCAUCUCUUGGUCCGAAUAGCUUAACUCACUACCUUCACCACCCGUGGGAUUUUUGCCUGGCUCGUUCUCUCUGUGCCCUGGAGCAAGGCCAGUCCCUGAAUCAAAACUCCAUUCUGGUCUUGGGAAGAAGAGUAUCUGCUCAGAACUGGGGGACAGAGUGGAAUUUAUGACUUGGGCCUCUGGGUUCUCUCAGUCCCCUUCUCCCCCUCACAAUGCAAUUCCCUCCGUCUGUCUUGGGGCUGCGAUCUCUGCCGCUUAACCCUGUCCUCUCUCUGCCUCAGUCUUACAUCCAGGCAGUAGGUCUGGGCGCUUCCCCAGCCUUGGUCGCUGAGAGAGGUACCUUUCCUUAGAAAACCUUUGGGAUUUGGAUUUUCCCAGGAAGAUGGAGGAUGGAACACCACUGUUGGGUCUCAAAACUUCCCACAAAAAUGUCUCAAAAAACCUUCCUGAGACUUAGCAUUCUGCCCCACCCACUCACUGCCAGUUCUCCAAGACUGAAGUGGGGGCAGAUAACUGGGCAUCCUUGAGGGGGGCGUUUUUGUGUAAGAGAUGUAUGGAGUCAGGAUGAUGGCCACCUUCAGGUACUGCUCUGUGCAAAAAGGAAUAAAACAUUUUUUUUUUCCAAA